CGUAACAACCCAUCGCCCUCGACCACACGGCAAGGGCAGGAAUCCGCACUAACUGUAUCAGACAGGUGCGAAUCGGUGAUUGCACGGGAAACGAUGCAGCUACUCAGUCCCGAGAAGCAUCUUCGCAGCUGCGGUGUCCUGCGGCGUCGCUCUGCAUCAUGCAAUCCAUAUUAUCGAAUAAGCAAUGCAGUGCGGUAGCGACACGCUCGCACGGAUUGGCCAGAAUCCACGGCUGACAUACUGACCUGCGCAGUGCAGGAAAGCUACCAUGCUAUCUGCCUUGAGAGGCACAAGCUCACGCAAAGCGAAAAGCAAGUCUUGGACACAGUAUCUUCCACAGUCUCUUCAUCUGCAUCCGAUCUCCUGACUUCUAGCAUCGGCGGAAUCGAUCGGUCAUCAUGCUCCUUCCUACCGCUACAGUUUGGCUGUUAUGCAUCGCUCGUCGCUCAUAUGUGUCCCGAUCGUACAACCUGGAGCUCGCAGCGUCCGCAUUGAGCCCGCAACUAUCCAAGGACGCCAUCAUCACGUUUCCACGGGAUGCUCGUUGGGAUGAUCUCCAAGUCCGCGGCGCCUCUCCACGAAUAUCUCCUGACUACAAUGUUGUAGUUGAAGUAGCGACUGAGUCCGAUGUGCAGACGACGGUCGCGUUGGCCAAUCGUUUCAACAUCCCAUUCCUGGCCGUCACUGGGGGUCAUGGAUGGACUACGACGCUUAACAGGCUACAAUAUGGUAUUCAGAUUAACAUGCGGAAGCUCAAUACUAUGACACUCGGUCAGAACGGCAAGACUGCUAUUGUUGGAGGCGGAACAAUGCAACACGAAAUUACCCGCUCUCUGUUCGCCUCGGGCAAGUAUACUGUUACUGGACUUGGAGAAUGCGUGUCAGUAGCAGGCCCACUGCUGGGAGGCGGCCACAGUCUCCUCCAAAAUCAAUACGGCUAUUCUCUUGACGGUCUCGUUUCCGUGCGCAUAGUCGUGGCCAGCGGCAAGGUUGUAGAAGCCUCUCGGACGAAGAAUGCCGACCUGUUUUGGGCUCUACAAGGUGCAGGCCAUCAAUUUGGUAUUGUGACAAGUCUUGAAGUGAAGACUUACGACAUUCCUUCCAAUUGGACCGUCUACUCAAUCAUCUUCCCGGCUGACAAGGUCGAGGCGCUGUUCAGUCUGAUCAACGAAUUCGAAGAGCCGAGUACGGAACGCUCUGCGAAGCUAGCGCUCACAGGCGUAUUCGUGAGAAUACCUGCUGUUGAUCCCGGCAAUCCUGUCGUAGCAUAUACUGUCGCCUACGAGGGCACGGAAGCGGAAGCUGAACCCUAUGCCGCUCGUUUUAAAGCGAUCGGCCCAAUCUCUACCACAGUCUCCACGGACAUCAACUACGUAGAGCUAUACACGGUGACUGGAAACAACCUCGGAGGUCAAGCUUGCAGGCGAAACCAGAACAUCGCAGGAGCUGGUGUCUCCCUACCGACCUGGGACCUUGAGGGUGUUCGCAAAGCCUUCACUUUAUUUGGUAACAUCACAGCGGAUCCGCGCUUCAACACAUCGAUCACUCUGAUGGAGAAUUACGGCAUGCAGGGCGUACGAGCUAUCGACAAAUCUUCCACUGCGUUGGCACCCGAGGAACGCGAGUAUCCUAUUCUUGCGUCGCCGGUUUUGUGGUGGGUUGGCGACGAUGCGCAGACGACCAAAGACGCGUACGCACACACGCGCGCGAUGCGUGAUGCGCUCUACACUGGCCUCGAUAAUACCAACCAGAAGCGACACUGCUAUGUUAAUUACGCUAAUGGAGAAGAGGAUAGGCCUGAGAUGUAUGGGUACGACGCCAGGCUCGCUAAAUUGGUCAAGUUGAAGGGUGAGUGGGAUCCGAAGAACAGGUUUGGAUAUUACAACCCAAUAGUGUAAACAGGAAUGCAUUCACAGUAGCAGAAGACGAAAUGUUUUG